AUCAUUUUAAUAUCGUUUUGGUCCAGACUAGAGCGCGCUCUCUGGUCAAGAAGUUCGAGGCUACGUUUCGCUGUGCAUGAUUUCGUCCCUGUGACGUCAAGGGUCAGGGUAGAAACCGGAAAACAAUAUCCGGCUUCAACCGAAAGCCACUACUGUCUAGAGAGGUUACUACUAGAGUACUGUAACUAAUAACGUUAGACAACGUACAGUUAGAAAGAACGCAACAGAUCGGCUUGAGAGUAUGGCACCAGCCGUAGAAACGCGAUCCCUGGUUAACAUGACGCACAGUGGAAUGCACGCCCGCUGAGACUUCCUACUGCGAUUGCCAGUGUUUUUAGUUAUGGAAUGGGUAUCUAUAAAACUGUUUGCGUGCACACAGUCAACUUCUGUUUGCUACUUUUGGCAGAGAUGGCACGCCAUAUGACACCUUCUUCCCUUAGUCUAAUUGUGUUAAUUGCUAUUGUUCAUGCAUCUGGCCUGCAUGACGCCUUUGUGUAUUAUAACAGGCCUAUAUAAUUAUUGCGCUAGCCAACAAUCGGUAUCUAAAUAUAAAUCGCAUAGCAGCAAAUUCAGUUAGACACCGGCUUUGGCAAGUUGCCACACGGAUAUCAAGGCAGUCUACGGCGGCUGCAUGAGCGAGAGUGUCAGUGCCUGAGUGAGUAAUGUCGGCAAAACCGAUCCUCCGCAAUCACUCGGACCCCGAGCCAGAUUGUCCGAGAUGCCUUAGAUGCUGUAGCUGCUGCACAUAUACCAAGAUCAUUGUCACCAUCGUUUUCAUUAUUGGUGGCUUGAGUAUACCAAUCAUAGUACUAGGAGUAAAACUACAUGAUUGCAAGACAGAGCCCAAGAGGGUGGUGCACCAACAGUGUAAUACGAGCUCUCUCGGCGACACGGAGGUCCAAGAUAUCAUCAUCGUCGGCGGAGGCCCCGCUGGAAUGUUUGCUGGUUACCGCCUCAAAAAAGAAAAAGGAUCACUACACAAAGUUCUAGUACUGGAGGCGACCAACCGCAUCGGAGGACGACUGUAUUCAGAAAAAUUGCCGGGCAUCGAGUCCCACGUCGCAGAACUGGGUGGAAUGCGCUACAUUCCAGACAUUCAAACUUACACAGAAAAAGUGAUCAGCGAAAUGAAUAUUGCUACCGUAACAUUUCCUACGGCUGAAGAAAACGAGGCCAGACCAUAUUUACUGCGCAAUGUGUUUGUUCAGCAAAAAGAUCUGAAGACAGCAGGAAAAGCUGCUUACAAGCUAAACAAACACGAAGAAGAUCUAACUCCUAGCCAAGUUGGAAGGUUAGUGUUGAAGGCUAUUGUACCAUCAGAUCAGAUGGAUCAGGAUCCAGAUAAGAUGAUGACAGUCGAUGGGUUUUCUCUGCUUCAUUACGGAACGUUGAAUACUUUCAACUUAGCAAAUGCCAGUGAUGACGCACACAACUAUGUCAUCGACGGAAAUGGAUAUUCAAUUGCAAAUAUUAACUACAAUGCUGCUACCGGUAUUGAUGAGACUCGAUUAACUACGGGCAUUAGCUAUUACCUUACACCGACUGAUGGAAUGGCAGCAAUACCAAUAGCACUAGCAAAUCGGUUUGAAAGCUUGGGUGGCAGAAUUAAGAAGAAUACAACUGUAACUGCAAUAACUGAAUGCAAGCACCAAAGCAAGGGAAACGUGUAUCAACUGACAACCUACAACUAUGAGACGCGGAAGAAGGUACGAUACUUUGCUCAUAAAGUUAUUUUGGCUGUGACAAGAUCACAGUUGAAGAGAAUACAUUGGGACGCACUGUGGACAUCCCCAAAGAGGCAAUUGGUAGAUGCGGUCAUAAGUCAUCAAGCUGCUAAAAUAUUUCUAGCGUUUGAAGAGCCAUGGUGGCGCAAAGAGAGUCUGCAAUACCUAAAUCUGAUUCGUGGUCGUUCCGUCUCUAGCCUUCCUACCAGACAAACAUAUUACUUCACUGCACCAAAUCCAGCUGUCAGCAACCGCUCGUUCGUCAUGCUUUACAAUGACGGCCCGUUUGCUAGAUUUUGGGAAACUUUGGCUUCCGACUCUUUCAACAAGUUUCCCACUUCUAAUUCGGCCAUAUUUCCUAUGACUGAGACUCUGGUAAAGGAAGCAGUCAGAGAGUUGGCUCUCAAUCACAACACAACAGAGGACGUCAUUGGUCGGCCAUACUUCGGAUGGAUUAUGGUGUGGGACAAUGAUCUGCUACCAAGAAAAGUUGAAGGAUAUGGUCCUUACAUGCCAAGUGAGUCAUAUGCUUUGUGGGCUCCUGGAUACAACUACACAGAAGAAACGAGAAACAUUAUUAGAUUGGACGAGGACCAGGACAUCUUCAUCUGUGGAUCGGUUUACUCUAUUCAGCAGGGAUGGACUGAAGGUGCACUACAGCAUGCUGAUACAAUGUUGACCACUUACUUCAAUCUUUCUUCCUACUUAUCGCCAUCUGAGAUGCAAGCAAUGAAAGAAUCGUAUUACGCCAAUAGAAGGGUUCCUUUCUAUCCGUAGCAUUUGAAAGUCUCACCCUUACACGGUUUCACUAACUUAGCUAGAAAAACAACUUUAGACUAGUCGUAAUUGUGCUACUAGAUGGACGCGUCUUUGUUCUGACGCAGGAUUAGAGUUUUGUGCCGUUUGACUUUGUAGGCUACAUUUAUCAUUUUAGGCUGUCGUCUUUGUAUAGCAAUUCAAUACUAAUAUCUGUGGGCAUCUUUGAUCUUGAA